UCUCUCCAUCCGUCAUCCGCCACCCCGUCUUGCACUUGUUAACAUUCACGCUCCCCAUCCACGAUGGGAAGCCACGCCUUGCAUCCCCUCAUUACGGGUGCAAAGGUCCGCAUCACCGCCCUCCAUCAGCAUGAUGGGACGCUAUACGUGGGCUGUGCAGACGGCAGUGUGCGAUACUACGACGGCGUAAUGGUGCUCAAGGCGACGCAUCAGCUGAGCAGGCGGCAGAUCGAUGCGCUCGCUGUCCUGCCUGUGUCGGGGCAGCUCGCAGUGCUGUCCGACCAAACUGUUUCCUUGCACAAGCUCGACAAUCCCGCAACGAAGGGCAAUACCAAGGCUCUAAUCCAAGCGCGUUAUGCACAGGCGUUGGCGGCGACCACCUACAUGGCGCCGGGCACACCCUCCGAGGGCGACUCAACCCCGUCCAAGGUUAAGCGUGACCUCCUUGUCGUCGGCUGCUCUAAGAAGGUCGUCGUGUACGGCGCCGGCACACGCUUGGGCGAGGCAUGGGAGCUGUCUUUGCAGCACACGCCCCGAGCCGUCAUCUUCCCCGCGCCCGUGUACGCCGACCUCCCCGGCGCCGUGCACCUCCUCUACUCCCCACAAGCGAGCACCAUCUUGCACAUCAAACAUGGCGCGCCUGCACAUCGUCUCGUCGCGACGGAUCUCCCAAUAGGCGGAUACCCCGCUGCCAAGAGCGGGGUUGCGCGCGCUGCCGUGCCAGAUAGCGGGUGGGGACGGCUCGGCGGCUUCAUGCGCAGCGCCGCCGUCCCAGUAGGCACGAGGACGGUCGGAGGCGAGGUCGUGCUCGUGCGGGACGACUUGGGCGUGUUCUUCUCCUCCGAAGGCAACUUUACGCGGGACGAGUCGCUUCAUUGGCCUGCAGCGCCAGAAGCCCUGGCCUUCUCCAACCCCUUCCUCUACUCUGUGCUGCCUGCAGCCACAGCUGUUGCCGGGCAAUCCGCGACUCUACCCACGAUCCAAGUGCAUCUUGCGCCGACGCUCGCAUUGCGAGACACGAUCACGUUCCCUUCGCCGGCGACUGGUUCGCUCACCAUUGCGGCACUGAGUGUUGGGACGACGUUGAGCGAAGGAAAGAAGAGCUCCAAGCUUCUUCUCGUGUCGACGCCAACAGACCGCACCCUCGCCCUGGAGGGGAGCACAAUCUGGGAGGUGCGCGGCACCGACAUUGGGGAACAGGUCGACGAGCUUGUCAAGGAAGGGAGAGUGACAGACGCCAUCGGCCUCGUCGAGGCUGUAGGAGAUACGGGGCUGGCGGAGACUCAGCGCUUGCCACACCUGCGCAUACUCAAUGCCCUCGCCCAGUUUGCCCGCGGCGACUACCAGCCGGCUCUUGAGACCUUCACAGUGUUCAACGUCAACCCUGCCAAGGUCAUCGCACUAUACCCCAAGACAGCGGUAUCAGGUCACCUUGCGGUCCCGCGAGAUGAGUGGAUGAAGCUCUUUGGCGCUGUUGAAGGCGCGAGACUCGAACCCCCGGCGCCGCCAGUCAUUGAGACGCCAAAACCUUCGAUCAUUCGUAACGCCCACCUGGCGCUGGCGCGAAAGAAGAGCAACGAGACGAUCGCGAGCGUCACGAGCUCAUCGAGAGAACGCGAGGAGAGCCCACCGAAGGUCAUGUCGCCGCCGCCGCCGAUGGACGAUGAGACGCUGCCCCGUAAGGCGAUUGACGAGCUCAUCUACUACCUUUCCGAUAGGAGGCAGAAGCUUGGAGGCGCGAUUCUUGCGCUCAAGGAUCCAUUGCCUGCGGAGAGCGACCUCCCGCCGCUAUCCGAAGUUGACGCUUCAGUAAUUCACGGCCUCCCGGAUGGGCCGCUGACUGAGCUCAACUCUGAGCAGCUCCUUCGCACUGCGCAGGUCGUGUACACCUCCCUGUUGAAGGUGUAUCUGGUCGCGCGGCCAAGUCUGGUGGGAAGUUUGUGCCGUAUUGAAAACUGGGUGGAUGUGGCCGAAGUGGAACCGCUCUUGCGAGAGAAGGGGCGUAUCGACGACUUGCGUGAUCUUUACAUGCAGAAGGGGAUGCACGACGAGGCAUUGGGAAUGUUGUUAGAGCAGGCGAAGGAGGAAGACGACCCGCUGGACAGAUACCCGCCAACAGUGCGAUAUCUGCAGAAACUCGGCCCGAAACACCUGCAGCUCAUCUUUGACUCGUCACGCUGGAUCUUUGAGGAAGACCCAGCCCGGGCCCUCCACAUCUUCACAGCGGACGAGCCGGAAGUCGACGCUCUCCCACGUGAGAAGGUAGUCGCUUUCCUUGAAGAGGUGGACUGGAAUGGCGCGAUCAAGUACCUCGAACAUGUCUUCGAGCUGGGUGACACCUCACCGGAGCUGCACGACAAGCUCGUGGAGCUCUACAUGCGACGACUGAAGGGCGCUUCUGGCUCAGAACGAGAUGAUAGUCUGACAACGCUCCUCGACUUCCUGAACCAAUCCACACACUACCGCCCUUACCGGCUGCUCUCCAAGCUGCCUGUGGAAGACGCACCAGAAGCCCAGGCUGUUCUCCUAGGCCGACUGGGGAAGCACGACGAGGCGCUCCGCAUCUACAUCUACACUCUGAAGGACUACGCCGCCGCCGAGGUCUACUGUGCGCGCGCACACGCCAAGGAGCCCGAGCGCGGCCUCUUUCUCCAUCUUCUGCGCCUGUACCUCCGCCCCUCGAAAGAAGAGGUGCUAGUCGCGCCGGCUCUGGCGUUAGUCGCGCGGCACGGGACGCGGAUGGACGCGCGAGCGGUGCUCGACCUCCUCCCGCCGCUCGUGCCCGUGAAGGAGCUGCAGGACUUCUUCCGGCGCACGCUGGGCGACGAGCGCGCACGCCGCAACGAGCACCGCAUCACGCGCGGCCUGCUCGCUGCGCGCAAGGCGCAAGCAGAGCGCCUCGUCGUCGGCCUCGAGGUCAAGCGCGUGCGCGUCACGGACCAGCGGAUAUGCCCGCAGUGCCAGAAGCGGCUGGGGCAGAGCGCUAUCGCCGUGCAUGCGCCCCGGGGCGAGGUCACCCAUCUUCACUGCAAGGAUCUGUUCUCAGCGCAGCUUGCACGCGCGCGCGCAUGAUACCCUGCACUUAUAUCUAUGCAUCAACUUGAGUGAGGGCGAGGCCUGGCGUGGAGCGAGGUCUAGAGGCGAGUCGUCUCGUCGCUCUGAGCAAGUGUACGAGAACUCAAAUGGUGACAGCCUCAAUCCCUGAGCAGUCUGUCCUACGUAGAAGCCACAUCCCAUAGUCUAUGCAUCUUACGACGUCAUGCAAG